AUGGGGAAGAGAAAGAACGAGAAGGAUCAGAAUCCAGAAGAGAACAAUUCUUUAGAGACUUCAGAGGUCAAAAGCAAAGAGGAGAAUAUGAGCCCAAAAGGAAAUAUUGUCCUGCAAGUGUAUAUUCAUUGUCCAGGUUGUGAGGAAACUGUGGUCAAGAGCUUGAGGGGCUACGACGGUGUCGAAGGAAUUGAGGUGGAUUCAAAGAAUCAUAUAGUUAUUGUCAAGGGAGAAAAGGCUGAUCCCACGAAGGUGGCAAAGAGGCUCAGGAAAAAAAGCGGCAAAUAUGUUAAGUUGAUCUCACCCAUUCCGCCAAAGGACAAGAAAGAAGAAAAGAAAGAAGAGAAAAGAGAGCCUAAGGGGGUUGAAGUGGUGCUUAAAGUGCACCUGCAUUGCGAAGGCUGUGCCAAGGAUGUUAAGCAUUGCAUCCAUAAGAUGCCUGGAGUACGAACUGUUGAGCCUAAUAUGGAGAAGAAUAUGGUGACUGUAAAGGGAGGAAUUGAACCACAAAAGCUUGUGGAGUUUGUGAAGAAAAGAGCAGGGAAGCAUGCUGAGAUUGAGAUUGUUAAACCAGAAAAGCAAAAACAAAGUGAGGACAAGAAGAAUGGGAAAGAAUGCGAGACUGAGAAGCAUUGCAACAAGAGUGGUGGGAAAGAAUGGUACGCCAAUUUCUGCCCUGAACUUGUCUAUGCCCCUCAAUUGUUCAGCGACGAAAAUCCCAAUGCCUGCUCUAUUAUGUGA